AGUAGCACUUUGAGAACCUUCUAUUGUGUAGCAGCAAGAAGAGCAGUGCAGUUUACCAUUGAAACGAGCUUUCACCUAUCCUCUUUCAAAGGUAAUUCAGAGAUUGUUAUAAGGACAUUAAGGAUAUGAAACAAAAAAUUUUGGUGAGGGAUCAACAUAACGUGGACUCAAUGGCAGGUGUGAAUGCUUAUCAUUUUGAUCAAGAUGAAUCAAGAAAAAAACUCGCACGUAUGAUCAUCUUGCAUGAGUAUCACCUUUCUAUAGUUGAUCACAUUGGCUUUAGAAGAUAUUCAACUUCUCUUCAACCAUUUUUCAAGAUGAUUUGUAGGAACACAAUCAAGAAGGACAUUAUGAGCAUCUAUGAUCAUGAAAGGGAAAAAUCAAUGCAUGAAAUAGAAAAGAAUUAGAGUAGAAUUGCUAUUUCCAUUGAUAUGUGGACUUCACAAAACAAAAAGCAAGGGUUUAUGGUUGUAACGGCACACUUCAUUGAUGAUUUCUGGAGAUUACAAAGCCGAGUUAUGAGGUGCUUCUAUUUUCCUCUACAUUUUAAGGAGAAAGUCAAAAAAUUUCGCAUCCAAGAGAUAAAUCAAGAUUACAGCAAGCUUCUUGUAAAGACAGGAGAACUAUCUUUUAGAGGCUAUAGAGCAGUUCAAUGUGAACUAGCUAAAAUUCAAGCGAUUUGUUACAGACCUGUUAAAUUAUGAUAGAACUUGGGGCAGAACAUUAUAUUUGUACAAACGAGAAAUCAUGUUAGCAAGUUGCAUAAUGCAGUCCAUUCUGGGGCUCAAAAGCCAGAAUACAGAGAAGAGAUAAUCAAAGAGUUUAAAGAUGGUUCUAUCAACUGGCCUCACCCAAGGCCUUGAUGAAUAAAAGAUUAAUAUCGUCAUCAAUUAUUAUCUCCUUGCGGAAACUGGAAAAUGGAAGUCCAUCAAAGCCGGAUUAUAGGGUGUACUUGCAUACGAUGGUGUGGCAGUGCGUUUUAGCCAUAAAGGAGCUGUGUUAUAUUUGCAGUGCAGUCAUAGAGAUGAAAUGUUCAUGGAAAAAUUAAUAAGCAUUUUGACACCCAAGUUCUCGAAGUGGAAAUCUUGGGAUAGCAACCAAGAUUUUGAAGGCACCCUUAAAGUUUAGUGUAAAAUCCCAGGUGGAAUACAUGCCAGGCUUCCAUAGCUGAAAAGUAUUUAAUAGAAGCAAGACACAACAGUUUUAACAAAAACUGUAAUGAUACUAAAUAAAGUGAAAACAGAAGCUACUUAAUGCAAGCAAGGACAAUUGUCAAGAAAGAAUGCUGAUGCUUGCUUGAGUUCUUCAAGCACACCUCUAGAUAACUGUUGAGAAAACAAGAACUUCAAAAAAAUUUAUACUCUCCAGUAAUUUGUGCAACCAAUCAAUUAUCAACAGGAACACAAGAAAAGGUAGCAGCACCAAGUCUUAUAAGGGAAAAAAGGAAUAGUCAUAUAUCACAAACAACCCAAGAAAUUAAUUCAGAAAGAUUUGGAGAAAUUGCACAUAUCAUAAGAACAUUAUUCCACUUAUGUUUGAACUGGGACGCUUUUGGCGUGAGGCAUGAACUUUCUUACCCUCUUAAAGUGCUGCUCGCCGGGGACGUGAAGUAGUAUUGAAGCAGAGGAGAGGAUCGGUGAAUUUGGCUAAGCGAGCAAAUUGGCGGUCGAAAAUUGAAACUGGAUUUUGAGAAAAGAGUGGCCCAACCAAACACUUAACCCACUUUCUCGUCCACGGCCUUUGUUUGGGCCUAGCCCAUUUUUGUCAACUCGCUAAUCCUAUUCCAUGACAAAGAAAAAAAUGAACAUACUGUAAUGCAAAGGAGUUUCCACAGUCAACGGUGUCAGUCAAUGCGCUGAGACUCGGAAACUUCCAACCUGGUUCGCGGGAGACAUUGAUUGCUUUAUUUUUAUUUUUGUCUUUUAAAUUUUAAUGCUUUUUAAUUCUCUUUCUUUUCCGCGAAAGAAGCAUAAAGAAAAUGUGAGAAGAAAUUGAGGGGUUAAAUUGAAGGGUUUACUUUUACUUUGUAUUUCCUGUUCCGUUUCCUUAUGAGCACAAAGAAACUGAGAAGAAAUUGAAGGGCUUACUUAUACGUACUUUGUAUUUUCUGUUUCGCUUCCUCAUCAGAGUUACAAUGUUUUAUAGUUUUUUGUAGUAUAUUAUUGUUUAUUUUGGCUUUGUAAUUUUCAGGCUGCACUGCAAGUUUAGUUUACUUGUGCCGUGUUGCGCUCUUUCAUUUGUUUGGAAAAAAAAAUAAACAAAAAAAGAAAGCGAAGUUAUGCCUUUGGACGUUGCAGGGGCUGCUCUUGGGGCAGCAUUUGGAGAGGGCUUUACAGUGUUACAUAACACAGUUACGGAUGUGGUAAGCAAAGCCCGUAUGUUCAAACCCAUUCUUAAACGCCUCGCAUCCACGUUAGAUCGUUUGGUGCCUACGGUCGAUGAAAUAAAACGAUUAAGCGAACAACUUGAACUCCCAGAAAGGGAAACAAAGAGAUUGUUGGAACAAAUGGAAGAGGGAGCGAAGCUGGUUAGCAAGUGCUUGAAAAUCCGGUGGUGGAACUACGUUUUCAAAGUCCAAUACUCUUCCAAACUUGAAGAGUUAGACAAAGAAAUCCUCAGGUUCUGUCAGGUUGAUUUGAAUGCACUGUGCACAAGGAAUGGGUUGAGGACUUUAGAAACGGUGAACAGUAUAAACAAGAAAAUGGAUUCGUUCAGGGGCGUGGAGACACCAAGGGGGUCGGGCGGGGUUUCUGGACCCCAAGAUUUAACAGUUGGGUUGGAUAUGUCAAUAAAGGAGUUGAAGGCGCUGCUGUUGAAGGAGGAGGUGAAGCUGCUUCUAUUGACUGCUCCAGGAGGAUGUGGGAAAACCACCUUGGUGAAAAUGCUCUGUCAGGAUAAAGAAAUUAAGGGCAUAUUUAAGGAAAAUAUUCUCUUUGUCAACGUUUCAAAAACUCCCAACGUGAAGGUCAUUGUACAAAUCCUACUUAGUCGUAAGGGUUUGCAGCCAAAGUUUGAAAUUCAAAGUGAUGAAGAUGCAAUUGAACAACUGCAACAACUGCUGGAAGAUAUUGGAUCUGAUCCUAUAUUGUUAAUCCUGGAUGAUGUCUGGCCUGGAUCAGAAUCCCUUCCUGAAAAGUUUGGGUUUAAGAUUCCAAAUUACAAGAUUAUGGUUACUUCAAGAACUGCAUUUCCAAGAUUUAAAUUUAGAUAUAACUUAAACCCACUAAAUAACAACGAUGCAAUGACUCUUUUUCGUCACUCAGCAUCCCUGCAAGAUGGGUGCUCUAACAUUCCUGAAGAAGAUAUCAAAAAGAUAGUAAAAGGCUGUGGGGGGCUCCCACUGGCUCUUAAAGUGAUUGGAAGCUCACUGUGUGGACGGUCUGAAGAGGAAUGGCACUGUAGACUAACGAAAUGGUCUGGUGGUCAAUUUUUUUGCAGUUCUGAUACUGAGCUGCUUGGUCAACUUCAAAAAAGCCUAGAAUUUCAAGAUGACAAGGUCAUCAAAGACUGUUUCAUGGACCUAGGUUCAUUUCCUGAAGACCAAAGGAUCCAUGCUGCUGCCCUCAUAGAUAUGUGGGCAGAAUUAUAUGAAUUAGACGAAGAUGGCAUCCUUGCCAUUGCCAAUUUGCGAGAACUCACUACUCGGAAUUUGGCUAAUCUUGUCAUGGCAAGAAAAGAUGCGAGUGAGGUCAAGAGCUAUUACAAUGAAGACUUCGUCACGCAGCAUGAUAUUCUUAGAGAGCUUGCCAUGCAUGAGAGCAGUCAGGAACCUAUAGAACAAAGGGCAAGGCUGAUUAUGAACAUAAGUGAAAACAAACUACCAAAGUGGUGGACGGAACAAAAACAACAACUCAUUAAUGCUCGCUUAUUAUCUAUAUCAACUGAUGAAUUGUUCUCAUCGAGUUGGUGCAACAUUCAAGCAUCCAAAGUUGAGGUUCUAGUUCUGAAUUUUCAAACAAAGAAUUACACCUUACCUAAAUUUGUGGAGAAAAUGGAUGAACUCAAGGUUUUGAUAGUUGCUAAUUAUGGUUUCUUUCAUGCCGAAAUAAGCAAUAUUCAACUACUCGGGUCUCUUCUCAAUUUAAAGAGAAUAAGAUUAGAGAAGGUUUCAAUUUCUUCCCUUUGCAAGACCCAUGUACCAUUGAAGAGUUUGAAGAAAAUAUCCUUGUUUAUGUGUAAUAUUGGUAAGGCUUUUGAGAACUGUACUAUCCAGGUUUCAAAUGCAUUACCAAAUCUAAUAGAGAUAAGCAUUGACUAUUGCAUUGAUUUGGUGGAAUUGCCUAUUGGGCUGUGUGAUAUUUUCCACCUAAGAAAACUCAGCAUCACCAAUUGUCAUAAGUUGGCAGCACUACCUGAAGGAAUUGGAAAGCUAGUGAAUUUAGAAGUGCUAAGGUUUAGGUCUUGUACUGAUUUGUCAGAGUUGCCAGAGUCAAUCAGAGGCCUCAGUAAAUUACGCAUUCUUGACAUAUCUGACUGCCUAAACAUUAGCAAGUUGCCAAAACACAUUGGUGAGUUGUGUAAUUUAAAAGUUCUCAAUAUGAAAGGUUGCUUGAGUUUGCGUAAUCCAUUGCCAGAUUCAACAAUAGAUCUUGGGCAGUUAAUGCUUGUGGUAUGUGACAAAGAGAGGGCCAAGUUAUGGGAGCCAAUCAAGGAAUUCCUCACCGAGCUUAAAGUGGAGGUGGCUGAAAUAGAUAUCAACUUGAACUGGCUUCCCAUAUAAUGGUUUCUCAGAAUUGUUAAAAACAGCAGCUGCUGUCAAGAUAGUCUCAGCAGAAGCAAUGAUUAUUCCUCAUGGAGAAUAUAUCACUUAGAAUAGUAAGGAGAAUGUGGCUGGCUGUUGCCAGGGUGUUAACAAUGAGUUUUUUGUUGCAGAUGGAUCAAAAGAGUAAGAAAGAAACCAUAGCACAUGAAAAGAAAGGGCUGGACAAACUUUCAAGCUGGAUAGGAUGAUGGGAACAAAGUGAUGUUCGCACAACUGUUGUUGUGGUUGGAGCAAUGGCAAACAGUUGCUAUGGCCUAUAGUUUUUAUAGGACUAGGCUAAAAUAUGCUCUGUAUUCCCUGGUCUUUUUGUAUAAAUAUUGUAGCAGUGGCAAUAGCUGUCCAAGUUUGUUAGUGGGUCUGUAUAACCUGGUUUAUAGAAGGAUGUGAUAACAUGUAUAAUAUAAUCUUCUGAACCGCGUAUGUGUAUGGAACAAAAUUAUAGGUAUAUGUUCUGCAUAGCAGAUGGGAUGAACUACUAAAAGUUUUUUCAAUUUGUUUCUUUCCUUUCUUGUGGUU